AUGGGCCAACAACCCAUCCUCGGAAAAAAAAACAUUGUUAAGAAACAACCAACACAAAAGCCUCGGAAAGAUGUGGACAUACAGGACUUAAAAAUUGGAACAUGGAACGUGCGCUCUUUAUACAGAACCGGAACACUGACAACAGUAGUAUCUGAACUUGACAGAUACGAACUGGCUAUACUAACAAUUCAAGAAACUAGAUGGCCCGGAUCUGGCAAUCACAAAACAGAGAAAGCAACACUAUUCUACAGUGGAGGAUCAAGACAUGAAAAGGGAGUUGGCUUCGUAGUCAGCGACAGGAUACUCAACAACAUAAAGCGAUUCGAAUCAAUUAAUGAUAGGCUAUGCCUCUUGGAAAUUCAAGCUAAAUGGUUUAAUAUAAUACUGAUCAAUUGCUAUGCUCCAACAGAGGACAAAGACGAGGAGACAAAAAACGAUUUCUUUAAACAACUAGAAGUACAAUACCUCAAAAUAUGGUCAAAAUCGUAUUUGGGGACUUUAAUGCAAAAAUUGGGAAAGAAAUAG